AUGUCUUCAGCUCCGUCUUCAUUCGAAUACCAUGCAAAGCCAUGUCGAGUCCUCUUUGGCCGCGGCAGUAUCCAAAAGCUUCCGGAGGAGGUGAAGCGACUGGGCAAAGUGAAACCAUUGCUGCUGUCCGGACCGCGCCAGAGCGAUCGGAUGAAGCCGCUUGAAGCCGUGCUCGAGCAUGCGUCCAUCACGCCUGCCGGAACCUUCGCCAACGCGACUAUGCACACCCCCAUUCACAUGACGGAAGAGGCGCUCAAGUAUGCCAUCGACACCGGCGCAGAUAUCCUGGUGAGCUUUGGCGGCGGCAGUGCCGUUGGCCUGGGAAAGGCUCUCAGUGUUAGGACGGGUUUGAAGCACAUCUGCGUGCCCACCACCUACGCAGGAAGCGAGAUGACUUCUGUCCUGGGCGAGACGGUCGACAAAAAGAAGACUACGCGCAGUGAUGACAAAAUCCUGCCUUACGCGGUCAUCUACGAUGUCGACUUCACCAUGACUCUCUCGCCUGCCAUGAGUGCGACUAGCGGCAUGAAUGCCAUUGCCCAUGCCGUGGAGGCCCUGUAUGCGGAGAACACAAAUCCUGUGACCGAUCUUCUUGCUCAGGAGGGCAUCAAAGCGUUGGCGGAAUCCCUGCCGGUGAUCGUCGACAGACCAGAUGACGUGGAAGCACGUGUCAGGGCCCUAUAUGGUGCCUGGCUGUGUGCAACUUGCCUUGGCACCGUGGGCAUGUCUCUCCACCACAAGCUCUGUCAUACGUUUGGAGGCACUCUCGGCAUGCCGCAUUCGGAGACGCAUACUAUCGUUUUGCCCCAUGCCAUCGCGUACAACAGCCCCAACAUCUCCGAAGCCCAGCGGAAGCUUGCAGCAGUCUUGCCAGACAGCGACGGAGAUGCAAUCAAGGGUCUCAACGUCUUGCUCGAGAAACUGAGAGUAAAGCGAGGCCUGAAAGAGUUUGGAAUGAGGGAAGACGAUAUCGACAUAAUCGCAGACACCGCAACUGGCAACCCUUACUGGAAUCCUCGACCCAUCGAACGCGCUCCUCUUCGAGAGACUAUACGACGGUGUUGGGCUGGAGAGGAAGCUCGAGCUGAUCUAUAG